AGUAGUCCGGUUGUUAUUGCCCGACCACCACACACCCUUUUCUUUUCUGCCGUGAUCACCACCGUCGCAGCUUUCUCUCUUUUCCUUUUUCUUAUCCUUAUGUUCAUCCUUUCUCUUCAAUUAUACAUACAUACUUAACUCUUCAACAUGAAGGCGGGCCCAAUCCACAAGCAUCGACCGGAGAGAACAACUUGGGCUGACAUAUGCUUCGGUUGCACCUGCCUACAACUCUUAUGCCCUAAACUUGUCGUCCGCAAAUGGCUCAACAUCAGCGACAUGGAAUCCGAUUACAGUGCCGACACUGACGACGAAUCCGAUUCCGCAAUCGAAGAUUCUUCUGAUUGGCAAAGCAAAUCAAGACUUAACAACAGUGGAAAUGGUGAUGGAGCUGAUAUUCAUCCUACUGAUGCUUUUCCAAGAUUAAGAAGAAGGAAUUCAGAGACACACAGAGCACAGUUUAUGAAAACAAAGGAAACCAAAGUAUGCAUUGCCACAUGGAAUUUAGGAGGGAAGCCCCCCCCUGAUGAUCUGGAUAUUGAAGGUUGGUUAGAUACUACUGAACCAGCUGAUAUGUAUGUCAUUGGAUUUCAGGAGAUUGUGCCACUAAAUGCUGGGAACAUUUUUGGGACUGAAGAUACACGUCCAUUGCCCAAGUGGGAAAACAUCAUUCGUGAGACUCUCAACAGAACACGACCUAUGAAACCGUUCAAAUCUUACAGUGACCCCCCUUCUCCAUCUAGAUUUAAGCGAUACGACGAGGUUGAAGAUGAAAUCAUGAUUGAAGUGAGGAGCCAUGUUGAGGAUGAUAUUUUCCCUUUACACGAAGAAUCUAAUGACUGCAAUGAAGAAGACAGCGUAAUGAUUACUUCUGAAAAUGGGUGUACCGAUCCUGAAGCUUCAGUCUCUUGUGAUGCUGUAAAUACGGAUAUUAGAGUGCCGAAUUUAGAGAGGAAAUAUUCUUCUUCAAAGAAGCUCAGUGGAUUGAAUUGCCUAACUGAUGAUUGUAAGCAAAAUCUAGGACUAUUGUGUCAUCCAAUUAACCAAAUAAAAAAGUCCCCUACUGGGACAGAAAGGGUUGAUUUAGUCUGGCCAGAGCCCCCACUUGAUCUGCUGGUUCGUCAUGUUUUGCAAAGACCAAACUCUUUCAAGUCUAUCAAAGCAUUUAAAUCUUUCAGGUCUUCCAAAUCUUUUGGCACAAAUAAUCCUUUGCAAUCAGAUGCAGCUUUACUCACAAAACUUGACCUGGAAACCCUCAUGUAUAGGAAAAGAAGGUCUUCGUUUGUAAGGAUACUCAGCAAGCAAAUGGUUGGAGUUUUCCUUACUAUAUGGGUUCACAGAAGUUUGCGUAAGCAUAUUCGGAAUGUUAAGGUGUCUACUGUUGGUGUUGGUGUUAUGGGCUACAUAGGUAACAAGGGAUCAAUAUCUGUUAGCAUGUCUAUAUACCAGACAUUCUUCUGCUUCAUAUGCACCCACCUAACUUCAGGUGAGAGAGAUAUAGAUGCUGUAAAAAGAAAUGCUGAUGUGCUUGAAAUACAUCGGAGGAGUCAAUUUCAUUCAAUCUCAAGUGUUGGUUUUCCCAAAAGCAUCCAUGAGCAUGAGAGAAUUAUCUGGUUCGGUGAUCUAAAUUACCGCAUCAACCUGCCAUAUGAACGUACAAGAGAAUUAAUUUCAAAGGAGGACUGGUCCAAGUUAGCUGAAAGUGACGAGCUGACAAAAGAGCUGAAGGGGGGUGGUGUAUUUGAUGGGUGGUCAGAAGGAACCGUGGAUUUUCCUCCUACAUAUAAGUAUGAGUUUAACUCAGAUAAGUACUAUGGCGAGGACCCAAACAAUGGGAGGAGAACACCAGCAUGGUGCGAUCGCAUUCUUUCAUAUGGGAGUGGAAUAAAACUAUUAAGCUAUAGAAGGACUGAACAUACACUAUCUGAUCAUCGACCUGUGACUGCAUCUUUUAUGGUAGAUGUUGAAGCAUGUUGUCCUAGAAAGCUUCAACGAGCCCUCACAAUAACUGAUGCUGAAAUGGAAGAUCAAGGAAUGUAACAGAAGUGGAGACGUUGCUUCUAGUUAGUUAAACCAGUCACAUAAACAAUAUUAAUGUGAUGAAAGGUUUUUGAAAUUUAAUAUGCUUUGGAAUGAGAGGUAUUAAAUUUCACAAUUAGGUUCUCACUUUAUAAUAAUUUGACAUUGGACUUUGUAAAUGUUUUUUUUUUCUUAUGGGUCAUUGGUGGGUUGGGUUUAUAUCAAUUAAUUAUUAUUUAUUUAUUUUUUUUUGUAUGUUAUGUUUUUGUUAUU